GUCUGUUCUUUCGAAGAUCUCACGACACUUCUCUCUCUCAGUGGCGGCUGUGUUGCCCCCUGUCUCAGCCAGCACGGACGGAGUUGUUUCUGACAUUUGAAUGAAAAACAGUUUGAAUUGCUACCACUUUGGACAGAUGAAAUAAUGGCUUCAGCCUUGGAGCAGUUCGUGAACAAUGUGCGGCAGCUCUCUGCUCAAGGUCAGAUGACACAGCUGUGUGAACUGAUCAACAAGAGCGGGGAGCUGUUGGCCAAGAACCUGUCCCACCUGGACACUGUACUGGGGGCUUUGGACAUCCAGGAGCACUCCUUGGGCGUGCUGGCUGUGCUGUUUGUGAAGUUCUCCAUGCCAAACAUCCCUGACUUUGAGACGCUCUUUUCCCAAGUCCAGCUCUUUAUCAGUACCUGCAAUGGGGAGCACAUCAGAUAUGCAACAGACACUUUUGCCGGCCUCUGCCAUCAGUUGACAAACGCCCUUGUAGAACGGAAACAGCCAUUGAGAGGCGUCGGCAUUCUAAAACAGGCAAUAGACAAAAUGCAGAUGAACACAAACCAACUUACCUCAGUUCAUGCGGACCUGUGUCAGCUGUGCUUGUUAGCAAAGUGCUUCAAGCCUGUCCUCCCAUUUCUUGAGCUUGACAUGAUGGACAUCUGUAAGGAAAAUGGCGCCUACGACGCAAAGCACUUUCUAUGUUACUACUAUUACGGAGGCAUGAUCUACACAGGUCUGAAGAACUUUGAAAGAGCACUGUAUUUUUAUGAACAGGCAAUAACCACUCCAGCUAUGGCAGUCAGUCACAUCAUGUUGGAGGCCUAUAAGAAGUACAUCCUGGUCUCCUUGAUUCUACACGGCAAAGUGCAGCAGCUCCCCAAAUACACAUCACAGAUAGUUGGGAGGUUCAUAAAGCCUCUCAGCAACGCCUACCAUGAGCUUGCUCAGGUGUACGCCACCAACAACCCAGCAGAACUGCGCACACAGGUGAACAAACACAGCGAGACCUUCACACGCGACAACAAUACAGGCCUUGUCAAGCAGUGCCUGUCAUCCCUCUACAAGAAGAAUAUACAAAGGCUAACAAAGACUUUCUUGACUCUGUCCUUGCAAGACAUGGCAAGUCGAGUGCAGCUGUCAGGGCCCCAGGAGGCGGAGAAGUAUGUCUUGCACAUGAUUGAAGAUGGCGAGAUCUAUGCCAGUAUCAACCAAAAGGAUGGCAUGGUCUGUUUCCAUGACAACCCGGAGAAAUACAACAACCCCGCAAUGCUUCACAAAAUUGACCAAGAGAUGCUGAAGUGUAUAGAGCUGGAUGAGAAACUAAAGUCCAUGGAUCAAGAAAUCACAGUAAACCCGCAGUUUGUGCAGAAGAGUAUGGGAACGCAGGAGGAUGAUGUAGGCAGCAAAACGUCAAGUUACUCCUGAGGGCCAUGGACAGGGGAGAACACUGCCACCCUUCAGGUUCUCAUUGGAUUACUUUUUUUAAAAGUGGAAAAACAUUCUAUUGAGUAUGGACAUUGGUCAAGGAAAAUCUAAAUGUGUGGAAUGAUAAUUUGGUUAUUUCUUUCACGGUGUCUUGAGGAAACCUAAACAAAAAAACAAUUUUGUCAGUGUUUUAUUUAUCAUUGUUCAGGCGGAAGAGCCACUGCUGCAUUAACAACCAUAAUAAUAAAAACUGGACUUAUUUGUUCAAAAGGAAUGUGUGCUAAAGCACCGUUUUUCUGUUGCAUGAUAUAUAUUUUUUUUAGGAAUUUCCUUAUAGGAUAACAUGCAACAUUUGAGGAAAUCUUAAGUCUCAUGUUUCGAAGAUCAGUAAUUUCCCUCAACCUGCUAGACACAUUUUCUGGUAUAUCACAUGGAGAUUUGACAACAAAAACAAGGCUGUACUUCUGCCCAUGAACAAAUGUAGAGAGGAUAGUACAGCUUAAAAAAAUAAAACAAUUGGUGCACUGUUUUUUUCCAUCCCCUAGAGGUCUCUCGUGUACUGUGUUGUACUGUAGUUUGCAUUUACUGCAGGUGGGAUGAGCUCUGAGCUGGAGUCAUACUUAUCUGUUAUCUGGAAGGACUCAAGAAUACAUUGAUUCAGUAAAUUGACACAAUUUUGGAUUAAAUGGAUCACAUCACA